CUGCCUGCUUGGCUGGCUUUGCCCAGUGCAUGGAGGCGAGGCGGGGAGCGCGCCGGGCUGUGUCUCCUCCUGCCUCUUCCGCGCCGGAUCCGCGCUCGCCUUCUGCUCCUUGUCUGCCAAGGGCCAUGCCGGGCUGGGCGAGCGAGCGCCGCCGCCGCCGGGGCUGCUAAGGAGGAGCGCCUUCACCUGGAGCAGCAGCGGAGGGACCCUGAGCGGCGGGAGGGAGUGUGGGCUGCCUUGGAAGGUGUUGACAAGGGAUGCCUUCCGUGGCGCCGGGCUGCUGAGAGCCUUGGGCGUCGAGGCGGGCUUGGGCUGCCUUUGCUGCUGCCCCGUUUGCGAGCGAGGAAGGAAGGAAGGAAGGAAGGAAGGAAGGAAGCGGAGAGGGAGGGAGGCGAGCAUGCCGUCGGCGGGGCAGCUCUGCCUCGUGCUGGCCUUGUGGAGCGCCGCCCUGUGCCUGCCCGCCGGAGGAUGCCCCGGGAAGUGUACCUGCUCCGGCCCCAACGUAGACUGCCACGGGCUGGGACUCAAAGCCGUGCCCAGGGCCAUCCCCAGGAACACCGAGAGGCUUGACUUAGACAGAAAUAACAUUACGAGGAUUACAAAAAUGGACUUCACUGGGCUGAAGAACCUUCGUGUUCUGCAUUUGGAAGAGAAUCUCAUAAGUGUGAUAGAACGUGGAGCAUUUCAAGAUCUAAAGCAACUUGAACGGCUGCGCCUCAACAGAAAUAAACUGCAAGUUCUUCCAGAGCUCCUUUUUCAGAACACAUUGAAGCUAACCAGACUGGACUUAAGUGAAAAUCAGAUCCAAGGCAUCCCAAGGAAGGCUUUUCGAGGCAUUACGGAUGUGAAGAAUUUGCAACUGGACAACAAUCAGAUCAGCUGCAUUGAAGAUGGAGCCUUCCGAGCCCUACGUGACUUGGAGAUACUUACUCUCAAUAACAACAACAUCACUCGCAUCCCUCUCACCAGCUUCAACCAUAUGCCGAAGAUCAGGACCCUACGGCUUCAUUCCAAUUAUUUAUACUGUGACUGCCAUCUUGCUUGGCUUUCCGAUUGGCUACGCCAGAGGCGAUCAGUUGGACAGUUCACUUUUUGCAUGGCACCUGUUCACUUGAGGGGAUUCAAUGUUGCUGACGUUCAGAAAAAGGAAUAUGUUUGCCCAGGUUCACACACUGAACCUCCAUCUUGCAAUGCCAAUUCCAUCAGUUGCCCAUCACCUUGCACUUGUAGUAAUAAUAUCGUGGAUUGUCGGGGAAAGGGCUUAACUGAAAUUCCAGCAAACCUGCCAGAAAGUAUUGUGGAAAUCCGCUUGGAGCAGAACUCCAUCAAAAGUAUUCCUCCUGGAGCUUUCUCUCAAUACAAAAAACUUAAAAGAAUUGAUAUCAGCAAGAAUCAAAUAUCGGAUAUUGCAUCAGAUGCUUUUCAUGGCUUGAAAUCUCUCACCUCAUUAGUACUCUAUGGAAAUAAGAUUACAGAGAUUCCUAAAGGCCUUUUUGAUGGGCUUGUGUCUCUGCAGUUGCUGCUUCUCAAUGCCAAUAAGAUCAACUGCCUAAGAGUGAACACAUUUCAAGACCUUCAUAAUCUCAAUUUGUUAUCUCUCUAUGACAAUAAACUGCAGACUAUCAGCAAAGGCCUUUUUGUGCCUCUCCAGUCCAUUCAAACUCUGCAUUUAGCUCAGAAUCCAUUUGUGUGCGACUGCCAUUUGAAGUGGCUGGCUGAUUACCUGCAGGAUAAUCCAAUAGAAACCAGCGGCGCUCGAUGUAGCAGCCCACGUCGCCUUGCCAACAAACGAAUCAGCCAGAUCAAGAGCAAGAAGUUCCGUUGCUCAGGUUCAGAGGACUACAGGAGUAAGUUCACUGGGGAAUGCUUCAUGGACUUGAUCUGUCCUGAAAAAUGCCGCUGUGAGGGAACAAUUGUAGACUGUUCUAACCAAAAGAUUACUCGACUUCCCAGCCAUCUUCCAGAAUAUACAACAGACCUGCGUUUACAUGACAAUGACAUUUCUGUUCUGGAAGCAACAGGAAUAUUCAAGAAGCUCCCCAGUUUAAGAAAAAUAAACCUGAGUAACAAUAAGAUCAAAGAGAUUCGGGAAGGCGCAUUUGAUGGGGCAGCGGGAGUUCAAGAACUGAUGUUGACAGGGAAUCAGUUGGAAUCUGUGCAUGGACGAAUGUUUAGAGGUCUUGUAGGGCUCAAGACAUUGAUGCUCAGGAGCAACAUGAUCAGUUGUGUAAACAAUGACACCUUCACAGGACUGAGCUCCGUAAGAUUACUCUCUCUCUAUGACAAUCGCAUUACUACAAUCACCCCAGGAGCCUUCAAUACACUGGUUUCUUUGUCUACAAUUAAUUUGCUAUCUAAUCCGUUCAACUGUAACUGUCACUUGGCAUGGCUGGGAAAAUGGUUAAGGAAAAGGAGGAUUGUCAGUGGAAAUCCACGUUGCCAAAAACCAUUUUUCUUGAAAGAGAUUCCUAUUCAGGAUGUGGCUACACAGGAUUUCACAUGUGAUGGUAAUGUUGAAAGCAGCUGCCAUUUCUCCCCCCGUUGUCCUGACCAAUGUACCUGUAUAGAUUCACUAGUUCGCUGCAGUAACAGAGGGUUGCGAUUCCUGCCAAAAGGAGUUCCCAAAGAUGUGACUGAACUGUAUCUGGAAGGAAAUCAUUUAUCUGUUGUACCGAAGGAACUCUCCAUGUUCAGACACUUAACACUGAUUGACUUAAGCAACAACAGCAUCAGUGUUUUGGCCAAUUAUACCUUCAGUAACAUGACACAGCUAUCAACACUGAUCCUCAGCUACAACAGGCUACGGUGUAUCCCAGUCCAUGCAUUCAAUGGCCUUAAAUCUCUCAGGGUGCUGACUCUUCAUGGCAAUGAUAUUUCCACCGUCCCCGAAGGGUCUUUUAACGAUCUUAUGUCACUUUCCCAUCUAGCUCUUGGUACCAAUCCUUUACACUGUGACUGCAACCUACGAUGGCUGUCUGAGUGGGUAAAAGCCGGCUACAAAGAGCCAGGGAUUGCGCGAUGCAGCACUCCAGAUGACAUGACUGACAGGUUGUUGCUAACGACACCGACUCACCACUUCCAGUGCAAAGGGGCAGUCGAUAUCACUGUUGCAUCCAGGUGUAAUCCUUGCCUAUCCAGUCCUUGUAAAAAUAAUGGGACUUGCAACAAUGAUCCAGUGGAGUUCUACCGAUGCACUUGUCCAUUUGGCUACAAGGGUCGAGACUGCAGCAUACCUAUUAAUGCUUGUAUUCAGAAUCCAUGCCAGAAUGGGGGAACUUGCCACCUGACUGACACAAAUCAAGAUGGAUUCAGCUGUUCUUGCCCUAUUGGAUUUGAGGGGAAGAAAUGUGAAGUCAAUCCAGAUGACUGUGAAGAUAAUGACUGUGAGAACAACUCAACUUGUUUGGAUGGGAUAAACAAUUAUGCCUGCCUGUGCCCCCCUAAUUAUACAGGGGAGCUUUGUGAAGAGGUGAUCAACCAGUGUGUCCCUGAGCUCAAUCCUUGCAAACAUGACUCCAAAUGUGUAUCUCUUGACAAAACAUACAGAUGUGAAUGCUCGCCUGGCUACAGUGGAAAACACUGUGAAACUGCAGGUGACUGCGUAGGAAUGAAAUGUCACCAUGGGGGUUUCUGUAUCGAUAUCCCAGGUGUUGGAGCUGCUUGCCGUUGUCUUCCAGGAUUCAGUGGAAUCUUCUGUGAAAAUCCUCUACCAAUGGUUCUGCUCCAGACCAGCCCUUGUGACUACUAUGAGUGCCAGAAUGGAGCACAAUGCAUCGUGGUACACCAGGAACCAGUCUGUCGUUGCUUGGCUGGCUUUGCUGGCCAGAAGUGCGAGAAACUCAUUACUGUCAAUUUUGUUGGGAAGGAUUCCUAUGUAGAACUGCCUCCAGCCAAAAUCCGCUCUCAAGCAAACAUCUCUCUUCAAGUUGCAACAGAUAAAGACAACGGCAUCUUAUUAUACAAAGGGGACAAUGAUCCUUUGGCUUUAGAGUUGUACCAAGGUCAUGUGCGACUUAUCUAUGACACUCUGAAUUCUCCACCCACCACUGUAUACAGCGUGGAAACAGUAAAUGACGGACAGUUUCACAGUGUGGAGUUGGUGGUGCUGAACCAGACCUUCAAUUUGGUUGUCGAUAAGGGUGCUCCCAAGAGUCUUGGCAAACUCCAGAAACAGCCUGGAGUUGGUGAAGACACACCACUCUACAUUGGAGGCAUCCCUACAUCUACAGGGCUUUCUUCUCUGAGGCAAGGUACAGAAAGGACUCCCAGUGGUUUUCAUGGGUGCAUUCAUGAUGUCCGUAUUAAUAAUGAGCUUCAGGAUUUCAAGGAUCUGCCACAUCAGUCAGUUGGGGUCCUUCCUGGUUGCAUGUCCUGUAACAUCUGCAAGCAUGGCAUCUGCCGCUCUGUUGAGAAAACAAGUGUGGUCUGCGAGUGCCACCCAGGCUGGGCAGGUUCCCUGUGUGACCAAGAAGUUAAUGAUCCCUGCCUCAAUAACAAAUGUCUCCAUGGCAAAUGUGUAGCCACCAAUUCUGCUUACACUUGUAAGUGUAUAGAAGGUUACAUGGGCGCGUACUGUGACAGGAGGAAUGAUUCCUUCAGCUCCUGCAGAGCUCUGAAAUGUGGCCAUGGGCAAUGUAAGAUCUCUGUGCAAGGGGAGCCCUACUGUGACUGUGAUCCAAACUACAGCGGGGAGCACUGCGACAGAGAGAACAUUUGCCAAGGGGAGAUAAUCCGUGAAUUCAUUCGGAAGCAACAAGGUUCUGUUGCCUGUGUGUCCGUGGUCAAGGUGUCUCGUGUGGAAUGUCAAGGCAACUGUGGGAACAAUCAGUGCUGCGUUGCCCGUCGAAGCAAGAGGCGGAAAUAUGGUUUCCAGUGUGUGGAUGGCUCCACCUUCACAGAAGAGCUGGAGAGGCAUGUGGAAUGUGGCUGUGCAAAGUGCUUAUAAACACCCGGGCAGCCGUUUGCCCCCCUCUCCUCUUUGUAUCGACUCAGAUGUGCUAUCAAAAAUGGGACCUAUUUACUUUUUAAGUGAAGAAGAGAAUAUUAAGUAUAUUGUAAAAUAAGCAAAAAAUAGAAGUUAUUUUUAUUAUGAAAAGUGACUAUUUUCAACUUUUAUUAUAUAAAGUAUCUGUUUUUUGGGUAUAUGUAUCAUAUAGUGAGUUAUUUUUACUAUGGAUUUUUUUCUACAGUUGUAAAAAGAAAAAAAUAUGGAGAAAAAAAUUAUUCCAGACCUAUACACAGGGAUUAAAAACAGAGUAUAGAUGGUAAACUUUGCACGAAGGCCAGGUGUGAAGGUAACGCAAAAGGGUCUACCACAGAAAUAGGAGAAGUCUUGAAACAAUUUUGGAUAAAUACAUAUCUCAGACAUUUAGCUCUCAAUUGUCUUUUCUGUCCAGAAAAGUUAAUGUUUCUUUCAGCUGAUUAUGAAACUACUAGUUACUCUUGUUAUUAUUGUGGCACUGCUUAACAUCGUUGCCAAUGCAACACAUUGUGACAUUGCCUUAGUUCAGGCCUUAACACACAAAUGUUAUUCUGCACAUAUUAAUACAAUAGUAAAGUAACAUGUUUUGUCUUGUAUGUGAUUGCGCCUAAUCACUUAAACUGGCUAUCCAUCAGCCUUGAUUUCUCAAAUGGCAAAGUUUUGGGAUUUUGCCCCUCCCCACAAAGUUAGAAAUGGGAAGAAAACAUUGUCUUGAAUUCUUAAUAUAUAAGUUAUUUGGCACCUUCUUUGCUGUCCUUCCAGCAGAUGCAAUAGCACUUGUUUUUGCUGAUCCAUUGGCCAACAUUCUUAUAUGAACAGCAUAUUGCAAGCAAGGGAAAAGGGUCUCCCGUGGGUGGCAACCUCCUCAUUUUUAAGUCAACGUGGCCCUUUGCUUUGGAUUGCAAUACAGAAAUGCAAGGAAUGCACUGAAACACUGCCUUAUUCACAAUGACAAUCGAUUUUAAAAUCCCCAGAACUUUAUACAACCACGUUUGCCUUAUCCCAAGGGUACUCUCAAAAGGCCAUUUAAAUACAUAAAUAAAUCCCCUUUCCUUUGACCUGAUGCAAUGCUACAACUUAUAACCAAUUUGAAAGUAACAAUUCCUACUUAUUGAAGUCCAGCCCCACAUGAUAGAAAGGGCUCCUGCAUGGUAGCUGAUCCCUGGGGUAGCAUAUUGACUGCCUUACCUUGAAUACUGCCAAAUAUUUUUACUGACAGCAAUGUUUUCAUGUUAUAGAAUUAGUCCACAUAGUAGGUGACCACUGCUGCCACAUGGAAUAGCCACUAUACAUUUAUUCCACUGAGAAAGGGGUUAGGGCAUAUAAUGUAUAGACCAGGUUUCAGAAUGAUACUUCAGAGAGGGAAUGUUGACAGAAUGAGGCAUUAAUCCUAGGAGAGGUGUACAUCUUGCCUACCAGAGAUGCCUUUGACAUUUUGGAUAACCACAUCUGGUUUAUUCUCUUAGUUCCCUUUUCUUACAUUUGUUUUACUUGGAUGUGUAGCCACAGCUUCUUAUUCCAAGGAGACAUUGGUGAGAGAAAAUGGACUUUUCAAAGGUCCCAGAGAGAAAGAGAGGGAGUUUGGGUUUGUUUGUUUUUUACAUUCUAGUUUGAGCUUAAAAUCCUGACAAAAUGUCCUCUAUGUCGAAGCAAGCCCUUCACAGUAGAGGAUAUCUGUACUGCUCAUCAGGAGCCAUGGAUUUGCCUUUAAAAGUAGCCAUGGAUGGGAAUCCUACUUAAUGACCAGCACAGCCUUCCUGCAAAUAACUAUCAUUAGAAUAAAAACUCUUUAAAUAUUUCCAGGAGUCUUCGGUGUUUCAGGAGUCUGAAAAUACUUAAAGAGUUUUUAUUCUAAUUAUAGUCUUCUAAAAGCCCAAUAGUUUGUUCAGAUUUCCUUAUGGAUUCUCAGGAUCAUUUCAGACAGUAGAGAAAUGACUGAUACAAUAGUUGCCUUUCAGAAUAAAUAGUAGUACAUGGAGCCUGCAAUCAGUGUAACAUAAAACAAUCACUAGUUACUUUGCCAAAGCCUGAUUGAAAUAAUACAGUUCAGGAGCUGGUGGGGGAGAAAAAGCCACUGUGGAGAGUAGGGCAUGUUAUUUUGAGCACAAUAUGCAAUGCUAGAAGCAGCUGGAAUUUAUAAUGUAAAAAUGUACCACAAUCUGCAGAGACCAUAAGUUUGCAAAAGAAAAUACAACAACGCUCUCUUGUGUGAACAAGACUUUGGCAUAGACAUCUUUUUCCUAAUGAUUUAUUCUUUUUCAUGGCAACUGUUACCCGAGAAGCUACAAUAGAUUACCAUUAUCCCAUCAGGAUAGGCAGAUCAUAGACAUGUAAUGCUACUAAAGACUGUAGACUGCCAAGAAGGAGAAAUUAUAUGCACACACACAUUUGGGAUAGUAGCAGAGUAAAGAAUAGAAAUGUAGUCUCCAUAUGGCCCGUUCUCUUCUUUUAAUACAUCUUUAUUAGACAAUACCUUUUUGUGUGUGUGUAAAAUAAUUCCAAGAACGUUUACAUAAUUGCCAAGUUGAAAAGAAUAGCAAAAAUAAAGUAAGGAUGGCUAUGUUCCAUCAAUACAUUCUUGGACUCAGUCAUGACUUAAAAGACACUUUAUUUGUUUUCUAUCAUUAGAUGGUUCACACUGUGCUGUGUUUCAACUUAUAUGAUAUGAAAUUUAAUUUCUUGUAAUGUUUUGUUUUGUUUUCAAGUGCCAAAAGAUCUAUGAAGUUAGUGUUAAAAGUGUUAAUUAGAUCUCUCUGAACUGCCUAAACGAUAGUAUGUUUCAGCUAUUGUAAAUGGAAUGCAGUAGCUCACUUUAAAAAAAAAUUAAUAUAAAGAAAGAUGCUAACCCUAUAAAAUUGUACAUUGGCAAUGUGGAUUGGUAUGAAUUUUGUGUAUUUUACUAGAUUGUCCUAUUGUGAUGUAAUAAAUUUAAGUAAAUUGUUGGGUUACAGAUUAA